AAGAGAAUUGCGAGUCAGUAUUGAUCGUUUGAACUUUAGAUUCAAAAGAAAAUUCUUGUAUAGAAUUAUACUUUCAAGAAUUAAAAGUCAAACUGAAACCGGUCUGAAACUUCUUUUAUAUUAUAAAUUUUCCGAGAAAAUCGAUUUAGGCCCAACCCCUCACCGCCCUAUUGUUGCAAACUCCGCCCCUGUUUUGGGGUUUUUGUUCAUACAGCACACAUACAAAACUUCGUACAUCAGAAAUUAGCCCUUAUACCCACACCAGUAAGAUGCACGCUUCUGUCGCGGCAAACUAAAUUUCCCCGCAGUAGGGGUUGAAGUUCCCGCAAAAUGGCCACCCUCAGCGGUAUAAAAUUAAUUUUUUACUUAGUUCCCUAUCAGUCUCCUUUCGUGUCGACAGUAAUAAUCAGGUUGGACAGGGAUUUGUAGCAGAGAUGUCAGGCACUAGAACGCAGGUUGCAGACUCAUCCACAUCACCACCUCUAAUUGAUAAUCGUCGACUCGAUUAUUCUGCACUGAAAUUUACUUAUGUCGACGGAUCCGAUGACGAAAGUGCAAUUACUUCGGAAUUGCCGUCGUGUGUGUACGCUGCUGCCAGAAGCCGUCUUCAGCUGCCUUUAGCUGCCUAUGUUCAUCAGCAUACUCGUCAAAUUCAUACAGAUGGUCUUCUGGACACAUCAAUGGAGCCAGAAUAUCAAUGCGGAGGGUCACCGUACCGCGUACAACGGGCGGCGGCAAACGUCCGCGAACGACGGCGAAUGCUGAGCAGUAUAAACUCGGCGUUCGACGAGUUGCGGGUCCAUGUUCCAACAUUUCCGUACGAGAAAAGGCUGAGUAAGAUUGACACUCUACGGCUUGCGAUCGCAUACAUCGCACUUCUUAGAGAGGUCCUGGAUGCAGAUUACGAUCCCUUGACUUAUGUAGAGAAAUGUCUUCGAGGUGAAAUCAAGGCCGAUCGUGCACAUUGGAAUACUAGUGAUUUGACCGCAAGAUUAUCGUGGAUUAAUUGGGAGAACUUAGGGGUUAAUCCCCAACGCAGAAGUGUCUUGACAUCACUGGCCCUUAGUUCUGAAAAUAUGCAGUAUCCUCAUAACUGAUGCAUUUUUUUGGGAUUAUGUUAAUUAUUAUUGUAUUGUUGCAGACACCUAGAAAUUAGACAUUUUAUGUUAUGAAUUAGAAGAGUAGAAAUCAGGUCUGCUUCUUGUAUGUUAACGUUAUUUAAUACGAAAUCUAGUGCCAAGAGUAUUCUGUAACUUGCAAUUGCGGUAGCGACCCUGACUCGUCGAUCGGUAUCGCUGGAAAUUAGAGAGUACCAGUGCAGGCCACGCGACCACAUGAACUUAUUCUUUGUAUAUAAGUACAAUGUAUCAAUAGUGGAUUAUAAUGUAUGAAAAACGCUUAUUCAUGCUUUUGGGUCAUAAAAUAUGUUGACAUUACAAAAGUUAAGGGCCUAUUAUAUUUUAAAGUUAGCCGAAUGUUUCUAGUUUUGAGUUUAACCAUUAUGUCUAUUUUAACGAAAAUAAUUGUAUUUGAAUUAUAGUUUUUCAAAUGCUAUGGUUUAUAUAAUUUGUCACAAUUCAUAUUUCAACGAUAAGAAAAUUAUAGUCAUCGCCGAGAUGUGCCACCCAUAAUAUUAAAUAUGUUUGUUUCAGACGUGGAUAGCAACAAAAUACUUGCUAAAAGGUGGAUAAUAGGCCCUUAUAAAUUCUAAAUAACUUGUCUUUCUAUAAAGGUUAAUAAGAGAUGGUAGCUUUUGUCUUAACUAAAAUAUUCAUUCUUUACAUAUAGGAUGUUACAAGAAAUAUAUAUUGUGGCGUGUCGUGGAAUUCUUAUAUUUUAUGAAAUUGUCAAGCCUUCAUGAAAUUGUCAAUUGUACGAACUCGCCCCGACAUAAAUCUAACAGAAUUUUACACAGUACCAGAGCAGAAUUAAAUAUAUUAAAACUGUGAUCUUUUAAUAUUAAUAAUUUUAGGUUAGUUAUUUAUCAAGUUUUUUAUUAACAACCGCGUAUGCUUCAUAUUUUAAUUAUAUACAUAUGCAAUAAUAGUGAUUAUGUAUUGGAAUAACAUACGUCAAUACUGUAAUAAUAUUGUCUUCCAACAAUUAUCACAUAGAACAGUAGUACCUAUUUAAAAAUUGUACCAUAAAGUUAAGUAGGCAUUGAAUGUAGUUUAUAAAUACUCCCAUAGAAUUUGAGUAUAAAAAAUAAAAAGCAUAAUGUUCUUUAAUUAAUAUGUAUAUUAUUUAUAUGAAUAACUCAUUACGAUUUCAAUAAAUUAUAAAUAUACUUAAAAAAAUUUAGUAAUACUUUACUCACAUUUUGUUUUGGAAACAACAUAAUAGCAGUUGGUACUAAAUUUAUUAUAAAAUAUUGGAUGUAAUAAUAAAAUAUGCAACAUUAUAUUAUUUUUGUGAAAUAUAAGGAACCCCCAAAUUC